CUGUCUCUGGCCUUGGCCUGACUCACUUUCUGUUUUGCAAUGCAAACUUCCGGUCUUAUGAUCGUUUUAUUUUACGGAUCUUGUUUCAAGAUUUAAAGGUGACCCAAUGAAAGAGUUGGCUUGUAGAAACAUGGACUUCAUAUCAAUACUUGCAUCCACCAGAUCUAUUUUUAUGGGAGUAAUUGUUUCCCUUUGCUUAUUGACUGUAAGUGACUGUACUUACAACACUGCUAAUGUAACAGACAAUCCUGUAAUAGAUCCAUGCACUGCCUUUUUCAAUGAAUACUUGGCCGCAGCAAACAACUUUACCACCUGUGAACUUUACAGUGCACGUCCAUUUGAUCUUUGUCUUCACUGUGUAGAAGAGUUUCAUAUUUCUUCAGCUCUAUAUACAGAUCUUGUUGAGAAACCAAGUCUUUCCGAUUGUAACACUCUGUACAUGCAGUCAGAUCGUAUACAAAUUAUUCCUUUUGUUCAGACAUCUAUGGGCAGUCUUUGGGAUAACUCAGCAUGCUCAGGUUGUAUGGAAAAUGUUACAAUAGAUCCUGCAACUAAAGCUGUUUCAUAUAACAUUUUUAGUGACAUCAAGGAUUUUUUAGAGUUGUACCAAAACUUCAGUAAAUGUCUUGAAAUGCAUCCAGGGCAGGAAGAAAAAUAUUUUGUCCAGAAUAACACAGGUGUUUGCCAUCAGUGUAAAGCUAGCUAUGAGAAAUUAAAUAAUUAUUUCAACAAUAUGGAAGAUCGCACUGGUAAAGGAGUGUGCAUGGACAUUGUUGAUAAGAUGAACCACACCCGUUUUAAAUGGAGCUCAACCUUCAACUGCAGUCAAAGAUCUGGUGACUUCAAGCCUGUAGUGGGCAUCACUUGCAUUGUAGCUGUACUUCCUGCUUUUUUUUACAUCAUUCUCAAAAUCACAGGAAAAGUUAAUCUAAAGCAGAUUGUCAUACAAAAACGCCUUUUCUUAAAUACAACCAUAGAUGUUCCAUCACCAAACCCAAGAUCUUCAACAUCUUCAGAGUCUGCCCAUCCACGUUUACGUAAGACUACACCAAUUUCAUAAUUCAACAUAUAUAUGGCACAACAUUUAAUACAGAAUUGAAUAUAAGGCAUGAGUGCAUCAUGUCUUGAAUCAAAUCCUUGUUUCAACUUAAAAUCUAAUAGAACUGUUAUAGAAGAUUUUAACUUACACUGAGUAAGAUUAUUAUCUAGAUUAUUUAGGAAUAGCUUAUGUUUAAUAAAUCUGUAAGUGGUUAAUACUUUAAUCACCUGUGUCAUCUAUUUUCGCCUUUUAAACUUAUUUAAUAGAUAAAAGACUUUUAAGGUAAAAAGAGGAUGACUAACCAUUGUGUUUUAGUUGGCAGUGUGUCAUUGUUUGUUAUCUAUUUUUUUUAAAGCUCUAUUUGUCAAACAGUUUAUUUAUUUUUAUGAUAAGCAUAACAAAUAUCAAUACUAAAACUAAAAGUUAUGAUAACUUAUUUUGUAGCAAUAGCUGUAAUUUAAAACAUGGAUAUUUUGUUUUAUAGAAGCUCAACUGAUAAUUUGUGUGUGGUUUGUUUAAAAAGCAGAGUUACAGACCAAGCUAUGUUUUUCUAAACAAAUUUUGGAUUGCAGUUUUUUCCAAUUAUAAGAAUCAUAAAACUUUUCAAUUAGUGUAUGUGGUGUGCGAUUUAGACACCUCACAAUUUUAAAUAAAGGUGGCAGAUUAUCUCCCUUUUUCUAAAUCUGGGCUGGAGAAUAGAUGAGGUGGGGGGGGGUAACCAAAGAUAAAGGGAUUUAAACUUUAAAUUAUAUAUAGUUGUACAUAUAUAUAUAUUUUUUUUUGCCUAAUAGUAUUACAUAUUUUGAGUAUGUAUUUUUCUCUAGUCCUUAUUGCACUAAUCUUAGAUAAGCUUCAUUCUAAUAUUUCAUCAUCCUUACGAGAAUUCUGCCUUUGUUUGGAUAGAUAUAAGUUUUCAUUAAGUGCACUUCAGUGCAACAUAAAUCUAUUGAUAAUUGAAAAUGUUCCUAUUAUGAUAUGAGCUUAUCAUUUAGUAGGGUGCUUAAAAAAUACACUGUUUUUUUUUUUAACAUAUUUAUUAGUAUUUUUAUAACACAUAAUGAAAUGUAACAACAGUUACCUGUCAACUUAUUGUUAGUUCUAAUCAUUCAUGGGAAAAUGUGUUCCUGUUUUUUAGCUUUAUAGCUUGUAAAAUAGUCAAACUUUUUAAAGUUCGCAAAUGCCUGAAAACCUAAAAGACAUUUUUGGAACAUAAAUAUCUAGAUUGUGCUAGAUCUGAUGGCAACAUUUCUUUUCUGCAACUUCUACUAAGUCUUUCAUGUCUGCAAGUCAUUCCUGAUGUUUUAUAACAAUUGUAUUAUAGCAACAUUACAAUAUUUAAUGGAACUUGUAAUUUAUUAUUGUAAAAGUUUAAAUUUUGAAUAAAAAACAACACUAUAGUACCAACAUACAACUCUAUUAUACAGCCCUCAGUACAAGAUGCACACCAGUCUUAACACACUUCAUUCUUAGACAUCCCUCACUACACAACUCCAUUACACAGUCCUCAAAACACAACUACACAAUGAUCUCAACUUAUUACACUAACAGCCUGUUCACCACCUCAUCAAUUGACCAAAUAUUUCUCUACAUGGGAAUGUUUAAAAAGACUUUUCUAUUUUGUUCAUGGAACAUUUCUUUUAAAUUAGUUGCAUGUUAUUAAUUUUAGUUAGUAUUAUUUUCGUACACAUUUUAAUUGACAUGUAUGAAAGAUGCUGCUUUUAAUGUGUACUGCUCAGCAUAAAAAGUUAGCUGUGCCUUUCAUUUACAGCACACACAAAAUAUGGUCUUUGAACAAAAACAAAUUUUGAGGGUGAAAUAGUUUCUUAUGAAGUUUGUAAAACUAGUCAAUUAAUUUAACAACUUUUAAAAGAUUAAAACAAGGUAAUUUU